UCUCUUUCCUCUUCCCUCUCUAUCCAUUCUCCUUAAAUCUUGGCUUCCCCAACCUUUCUCCACCAGAAGCAGCAACCGCUGCACAAAGCUUCGUUGCUCCUUCACGCCUCCAAACCCUUGCCUUCUCUUCUCUCUACGACUCUAUAAAUCUGGUUAUGAUAGCUGUGAUCGACGGGGAUCCUGAGAGCCUAAGCUCUUCUCCAGCUCUCGGCUUCCCCCACACCAGAUUCUUCCGUUACCGCCGAUUGAGGUGAUCGAUUCUCAAACUCAAUACAAAAUGCCGAACCCUUCAAAGAGUGGGCACCGAAAGGGGCUAGAAGACAAUGGCAAGGGAGCUAGGAAAUUGAAGAACAAGGCAGCGUCUUUUCACGGACGACCCCAUCCAAUUGGGGCGGGAAUUCGCCGGCCGAAUACCGACCCGGAUCUGCUUUCUGCGGGGAAAUUUCAGGAGAUUCCGUCUGAGAUGCCGGUUAGGUUGACGAAAUUGCUACUGAACGUGACGAUACUUAGGAGUUUGGGAGCUAUUCAAGUGGUGAUGUCGCCGGAAUCGACUGUCGGGGAUCUGAUUGCUGCGGCGGUGAAGUUGUAUGCUAAAGAGGGGCGAAGGCCCUUGCUGCCCACAACGGACCCAGCGGGUUUUGAUCUCCAUUACUCGCAGUUCAGCUUAGAAAGCUUGAUUCGUGAGGAGAAGCUGAAAGAACUGGGGUCGAGGAAUUUUUUCCUGUGUCCCAAGAACCCAGACAGAGCUGCGGUAGAGGCAUCUUCUUCUUCGUCGACGUUGUCGUCGUCUGCAGCGGUGGCAUCGUCAUCGUCAUCGUCAUCGUCAUCCUGCUCGAACCAAGCUGAGAAGGUUUCCAAGUUUGCUUUUCCGUGGCUUAGGUUCAUGGAUUUCUCUCUGUAAUUCGUUAGGGAGGAGGGACGAAGGUUCUACUCUCUAAUGGUUCGAUCAUUGUAAAUUAUUAAGGGGACAAGGAGUAUUUUGGUCAUUUUAUUAAUAUUGUAUUUCCUCAUGAUUUAUCAUGUUUAGUGGUGUAAUAUAUUGUUUUUAAAAUUUAGGAUUGCAA